CUUAUCUGUCAUUUUUAUUCUUUCUUCCUCCUUCUUUUAGCCAUGGCAGCUCUCUCAGGAUUCUUCUCUCAUCUCUACACCAUGACCAUCGUCUUCUUCACUCUCCUCAUUAUCGAAACCAUAAUCCUCCUCCGGUCCGCCACCGCCACCGUCUGCAAGACCAAGAAGCGCUUAAUCACUACUACCCAGUACCUCAAACUCAUCGAAGAGCAAAACCCCACCACCAGCUACAAGAAAAACCACCACCACCACCACCACAACCAACAGCACCACCACGUCGACGAAGCCACCGCCGUCGAAUGCCUCGUCUGUUUAUCCGACUUCGAAGACGGCGAAAAGGUCAGAAAACUCAAUUGCAACCACACAUUCCAUAAGGACUGUUUGGACAAAUGGUUGCAGCAAUACUUGGCGACGUGCCCCCUCUGCAGAACCAAGGUUUUGCCGGACGAAGUGGUGGCAGAUUUUCACCAAUUGCAGAACCAAAACCAGGUGGAGUUUGAUGGCAGUGAUGAAGAGAUGGUCUUUUUGUUAUCAGCAUUACAUGUGGACAGGUUAUUUCAAUGGAUGUUCUGCAAUAUCUGAGGAGGAGACUGGUAGGCAGAGAGAGAGAGGAUGGAGAUGGUGAGAUUGGGGGCAGAUCCAGAAUUUAAGAUGUGGGGGUGUAAGUGUAACAAAGUCAUUAAAUUGGGGGGACACAGUAUAAAAAAAGUAUACAUGUGGGUCAAAGUGUAUAAAAAAACAAGAAAAGAUAAAAAACCGUAAGUAACAUUAAGAAUUUAUUGGGUGUGAGGGGCCAGUGCCCUCCCUGGUCAAUUGUACAUGAGGAAGAAUGGUAAUUAAUUGAUCUUUGAUUGGAUUUUUUAAUAAUAAAGUGUGAUUC